GGUACCACUUACAAAAGCGAUCGAGUUACAUUGGAUGAAUCAUGAAACUGUAAAAAAAUUAAUCUUCUACUUCUACAGCUGGCGUUGAAAGCUUUGCAUUAAUUAAGGAAUCGGUGACAAGAAAGGGUAGAGUUGGAAAAACAGGAAAACAUUGCAUGAAGAAACUCGGUAAUAGAGGCCAAAAACAACAGGACGCUUGGCGUGGUGGUGCAACUAUUUAUUACCAAAUGUUCUUCUUCCAAGUCCCAACCUCAAAUCUGAAAAACAUGUUCUAGUUCACCCGUGGAGUUCUUGUUUUCAUUGUAAAUAAAAGCUUUCCUAUCUAGGGAGCUUAAUAGAGAGAGAUCAUGGGGAGUGUUGGUGACAAAAAGUGGGGUGGUUGUGCAUGUAAUUUGUGGUCAUCAUCAUCAUCAUCAGCAUCAGUGAAGCUUUUGUUGUUCAUGGUUUCACUGAUUGUGGUAUGUGGGUUUGUUUCUGUAUUGGGUCCUCUAGAGUCCAAUUGGGUUUUCUUGUCGUCUUCUUCUUCUUCAUCAACUGGGGCUGUCACUUCUAUGAAGAAUAUUCAUGUGAAUAAUAAGAAAGAAGCUAUCUCAGAUGACUCUGUGCUAAAUCGCUCAUCUACUCCUCCACAAACUAUAGAAGCUAUACAAGUACAACUUAAUGGGACUAAGGAAGGCAUCUACAAUUUUUCUGUGGCUAGACUCGGUAUUUUUCCUCCCAUGAAUGAAUCUUAUGACCCAGUCAAAUCUCCUGAUCCACUCUUGAAAGCUAGACGAGAUCACAGCAAUUUAGAUACACUUGAAGCCGGUCUUAGUAGAGCUCGAGCUGCAAUAAGAGAAGCUAAACGUGCAAACCAAACUCAAGAUCCUGGCUUCGUUCCACUAGGUCCUAUGUAUAGAAAUGCCAAUGUCUUUUAUAGGAGUUACUUGGAAAUGGAAAAGCAAUUCAAGAUUUAUGUCUAUGAAGAAGGGGAGCACCCAUUGUUUCAUAAUGGUCCUUGCAAGAGCAUAUAUUCUACGGAAGGGAAUUUAAUCCAUGGGAUUGAGAUAAAUAACCAGUUCAGAACCAGGGAUCCUGAGAAAGCACAUGUGUUCUUCCUUCCCUUCAGUGUGGCAAUGCUGGUCCGAUUUGUCUAUGUGCAAAACUCACAUGAUUUUGGUCCCAUUAAACACACUGUUACAGAUUAUGUCAAUAUCAUUUCAGGAAAAUACCCCUAUUGGAAUCGAAGCCUAGGAGCCGAUCAUUUUAUGCUUUCUUGCCAUGAUUGGGGGCCAGAAGCUUCCCGUGCCACUCCUUACCUACACAAAAACUCCAUUCGCGUUCUUUGCAAUGCUAAUACAUCCGAGGGAUUCAACCCCACUAAGGAUGUGUCCUUUCCAGAGAUCAAUCUCCAAACCGGUUCAAUAGAUGGAUUUAUCGGCGGUCCAUCCCCAUCUCACCGUCCAAUCUUGGCUUUCUUUGCUGGAGGGCUCCAUGGCCCCAUUAGACCUGUCCUCCUUGAGCAUUGGGAAAACAAAGACGAAGAUAUACAGGUGCAUAAGUACCUUCCAAAAGGGGUAUCCUACCUUGACAUGAUGAAAAAGAGCAAGUAUUGCAUUUGUCCAAGUGGCUAUGAAGUUGCCAGUCCAAGAAUUGUUGAGGCCAUUUACGCAGGGUGUGUUCCUGUGCUGAUUUCAGAUUUUUAUGUUCUACCAUUUAGUGAUGUUUUGAACUGGAAGUCAUUCUCUGUUGAGGUUCCUGUGAAGGAUGUUCCCAACUUGAAGAAAAUACUAAUGAGCAUUCCUACAAGGCAGUACAUAAGGAUGCAAAGGAGAGUGGUACAAGUAAGGAGACAUUUUGAGGUUCAUUCUCCACCUAAGCGUUUUGAUGUCUUUCAUAUGGUCGUACAUUCUGUGUGGCUUAGAAGACUGAAUGUUAGGGUCCGAAAUAAUGUUCAUGUUUUGUAAUUGGUUCAUGCAUCAUCAACUUGAACAGUUUCACGAAGGUUGUAAGUUGAACCAUCUAGAAUGGCAAUAGGCCAUGUAGAGAAGCAGAAAUGUUAGAUUUUGGAAUUCUUUACAUUUUGAUUAACUAGUUCAGUGUAAGAAAAAAAAUUAGUUGUACUUUUGUUGGAUAAAAUAUAGUUGUGGUUGUAUGCAGUCCUUUUUUGGACGCACAUCUCAGAACUAUGCAUAUUUUUAAGAAAUAACAACAUGGGGGUAUUUGUUUUGUAGGCAAUUGACACUAGAACAUACUCUUACCCUCACAGGUAA